UACCAUGUAUAAAAUUAUUUUAUAUGUUAUCAAGUGAAGUGCCACUAAAUAUUUAACAUUUUAAGUUUUGAGACUAAUUAUAUUAUGAAAUACGAAAUUAUUACGUUGGACAAUAUAAUGUUUGCUUGCUCGGAGCGAGCCAAUUUCAAAAGUAGGAACAAUUGGGAUUGGGCUAUCCCUCUAACUAUUAAUAUAUUUACUUCAUCUUUUUCCAGGGCAAAGAAUACCACCAUUCGUUCAAAGAAUAAAGGCCAAGGCCCACUAUUUCACUCAUUCAGACACUAGACGGUUAGAAUCCAAGAACAAGGCCCUUGAAGAAAAGAAACCCCCCUAGAUAGACGAUGAUGCCCAGUGGAAACUAGCCGUUAUGUGAAAUGAAUUCAAAACAGGAGAGAGAAGACAAAACAAAAGCUCUUCCUCUCUCUGCAAACCCUUUGCCAGAAGAGGAAGAAAGGCUGUGAAUCUAUUCUCUCUCGACGGCAUUUGAUUUCUAUUCACUGUGAAGGCAGCAGCCUCAGACUACUGCGUUUGAAUAGGAAGAAAAUGACUACUACCGGCAGCAACCGCCACCACCAAGACAUCAACACUCCGGCUCCGGCUCCGGCUGUCCCGAUCUCCAAGCAGCCUCUAACCACAGCAAAGACCGUUGACACCCAGUCUGUUCUCAAGAGGUUGCAGUCUGAAUUGAUGGCACUGAUGAUGAGUGGAGACUCGGGGAUAUCUGCAUUCCCUGAGGAGGAUAACAUAUUCUGCUGGAAAGGGACCAUCACUGGAAGCAAAGACACUGUCUUUGAAGGAACAGAAUACAGGCUAUCCCUCUCUUUUCCCAAUGAUUAUCCAUUUAAGCCUCCAAAAGUCAAAUUUGAGACAAGCUGUUUCCAUCCCAAUGUAGAUGUUUAUGGCAACAUUUGCUUGGAUAUCCUUCAGGAUAAGUGGUCUUCUGCUUAUGAUGUGAGGACCAUCCUGCUCUCAAUCCAGAGUCUGCUUGGGGAACCAAAUAUAAGCUCCCCCCUGAACCCACAGGCAGCAGCCCUUUGGUGCAACCAAGAAGAAUACAGGAAGAUGGUGGAGAAGUUAUACAAGCCCACUGCAUAGCUCUGGAGACAUGUGGAAUGUGUUUUGAAGUUUACCCACAGCUCUCUCUCUCUCUCUCUCUCUCUCGAUGAUAAUGUUCCUAGUUCAAACUUUUAGUUAAUUCUCUUGAAAUCAAUUUCUACUUUGGCUGAUUGUUUA